UUUUAACCAUACCUAUAGGUUUAUGGUAUCAAGAAGUCGUUAAUUUUCAUCAAUAAGUAUUCUUUCCUUAAAGUCAAACUCGUAUAAUAAAAGCAGACAGCAAAAGUUAGACCUUCAAAAGCCGCUGAGUAUGUUUUGUAGGCAGAUGUGGUUUCUCCCUCUAUUUCAGACUGCUUCUAAUUCUUAUGUGUCCGCUAAAUAGCUAUGAUUCGUCUACUUUUUGGGAUAACGUUUGCCGUAUCAUGUUGGAUCCUUCAAGCCUACUCGGUGACAUAUGAAGCCAAUUUGGAUGAACCAUAUAGUGGUGAAAUUUCACAGGAUCAGAAAAUUGAAUACCAGUUUACUCUUGCAAAUCGUAGUGAAUUUGUUAUUCGAGUACAUGUAGUAAAUUACAACCCGAAACUAGAUUAUCCUAUGUUAGUGGUGAUCAAGCAAGUGGACAAUGUAAUGUCAUUCCAAGCACCAAUGGUUCUUAAUUCUAUAUCAGUACACGGUAACGUUAGUCGCACACUGUGUCCAAUCAAAUUACUGCCUGGAGCAGUUCGAAAACUCACAGUAGAGUUGUCUAAUGCUGUUAAACCACCUGGAAAAGUGCGUUACAUGUUUCUGGCUCAGUUAGUUCCUGAUUUCGAUUUGGAGCCGGGCCUUGAAAGAAGUAUAGUAGUCUCACCUGCUGAACCUAUCUAUUUACGAUACCUUUAUCCUCCAGGAAAAAAUUCAGCAGAAAUUAAGGUUGUUUCAAAAAGUGAUAUAUGUAUGGUUUUGUCUAUCCAAAAACUGCAGUGUCCUGUCAAUGAUUUAUCCGAUACGGUGGGAAACACUGGGUUACAUCAAACAGUCACUACUUUGGGUGCAAUAUCCAUUGAUGUGACUCAAUUCCUCAAAGGAUUUUUCCUCGUUCUAGUGUUGAAACCAACAGACUAUGCUUGUUCCGGCAUCGAAGAUCUAAUUCCACCAUUACCAGAUCAAGGCUUAUUUUCACAUGAACCACAGAUAAAUCUCUCAGGAUCUCGAAGUAAAUCUGUUAAAAUACUAAUUAAUUCAACACAUAGGAGAUGGCCGUAUUUAUUACCCAUACUUGGAGCUGUCGGUAUUUACUUGCUUUUCUACGUGGUCACAAUUAUUAUCAUAUUACUGUAUCACAGAGCAGAAAGAAGAAAAAGAUUUCUUGAUGUACUUAACAAUAAGUUGACGGCUAACUUUGAAUGUGGUUCAGACUGUGAUCCAACUGUUUGUUCUGUCAAUUUGAGCAAUUCUAACCUUUUUUAUGCCAAUACAGCAGCAUCUUCCUCCUGUUCAUCUACUAUACCAGUAAAUACAGCAACUUGUUCAAAAACUACUUCCAGACCGAUUGAUCCACGAAUAUCUACCAAUUUGGUUAACCGAAAAGAUAGAUAUAAUUAUGGCAGUAUAUUCAAUUCCAGUCAUACUGAACUACAUCAUAAUGUUAAUAGUAAUAGUUUACAGACUCAAAGUAUUCCUGUAGAAUCAGCGUCUUAUGAUAAUGCUGUUGUAUACAAUAAAACGAAAAUAUCAUUAGAGAACUACAAAAAAAUGAAAUCUAUCAAUAGUAUGAGAAAACGUCCGUUUACCUCUGGUCCAAAUAUAGUAAAAACUUCAUCAGAUAGUUUGAACAUACUUAGACCGUCUCAUACUGGUAUACACCAUCAAGUAUUAAGUUUACCACAAGAUUAUCAGAGUAUUUCAUUAAAUAAUUCAAUAGGAUCUAGUCUUCAUUUUCGUAGUACAAUUCACCAAACACCUCUAGUUGAAAUACAAGGCUCACACGGUUGGUUCAGUUCCACAGAUGAUGAAGAUGAUUAUGAUGAUAACAAUGUUGUAAGUGGUGGUAGUUGCAUCGGUGCUAAUAAUAAAAUUCAAUCAAAAAAAGAAAAGAAUCAUUUCUCCAAUUUAAAUCAUCUUACUAAUAGUACUACUAUUUCAGACAAAAUACAAAUACCAACACAUUCUACAUAUUCUACAAUGAUUGGUCAAGAGAUUCCUAAUACAUCUCAGCAAUCAGCUGUUGUACAUUCUAACAAUACUACUGUUAAUACCAGUCAUGAGAUUAAUAAUAAUGAUAAAAAUCGAAAUGAUAAGCCAGAUUCUGUGAAUAGUAUUGGUUUAACAGAUGAUCAGACAGAUGUAAAUUCAGAAUUUAUUCCAAUGUAUAAGAUGAAUGUGUUAUUAUAUGUAUCAGAUUUGUCUAAAAAACGUUAUGGAACAUUGAAUAGAAAAUAUUUACUUUAUUUCUGGUAUUUAAUCAUCAUAUCCAUUUUCUAUGGAUUACCAGCAGUACAAUUAAUCAUGACAUACCAAAAGGCUGUUUUUGAAACUGGUAAUGAAGAUUUAUGCUAUUACAACUUUGAAUGUGCUCAUUCACUUGGCAUCUUCACGGCGUUUAACAAUAUUAUUUCAAAUAUUGGCUAUGUUAUGCUAGGAUUAUUAUUUCUUGGUUUGACUGCCCGACGUGAUAUUCUUCAUAAGCGAUCCAAAAAUUUAAACCCAAACUCCCAGGUAUUGGGUAUACCGCAGCAUUAUGGUUUAUUUUAUGCAAUGGGUUUAGCAUUAACUAUGGAAGGUCUAAUGAGUGCAUGUUAUCAUAUGUGCCCGAAUUUUUCUAAUUUCCAAUUCGAUACUGCUUAUAUGUAUAUACUCGGUAUGCUAAUAAUGUUAAAAAUUUAUCAGACAAGACAUCCUGAUGUGAAUGCAUCAGCGCAUUCAGCAUAUAUGGUUAUGGCUGUAGUUAUUUUCCUCGGUGUUCUUGGUGUUUUAUAUGGGAAUCAGAUUUUUUGGAUUAUAUUCACUAUCUUCUUUCUAAUUAUGAGCGUUAUAUUAACUGUUGAGAUUUAUUAUAUGGGUCAGUGGAAUAUUGAUUUAUGCCUUCCAAGACGUAUUUAUUAUUUAAUUCGUACAGAUGGAAUUGGUUGUCUUCGUCCAACUUAUUUAGAGCGUAUGCUUCUUUUACUUAUUGCUAAUCUAGUUAAUUUCACCUUAGCCGGUUAUGGCAUAGUCAAACGACCAAGAGAUUUUUCUACUUUUUUAUUAUCAAUAUUUAUGAUCAAUUUAUUGAUGUACACAUUUUUCUAUGCAAUUAUGAAAUUAAGACAUCGUGAACGCUUUCAAAUGUUAUCAUUAGUAUAUAUUUUACUAACUUGUGUGUCUUGGGGUUGUGCAAUUUAUUUUUAUUUUAAUCGAACAACCACAUGGGAAGUAACUCCUGCUCGUUCUCGUGCACUUAAUCAACCUUGUGUUUUAUUGGAUUUCUAUGAUGCACAUGAUGUUUGGCACUUUUUAUCUUCAAUAUCUAUGUUCUUCUCAUUUAUGUUAAUAAUGUACAUGGACGACGAUCUCUCAAAACGUCCAAGAAAUCAGAUUUUUGUUUUUUGAUCACUAACUACUACAACUAUGAAGUUAUUGUUCAUAGAUAUGAUUAUGCAAUGAAAAUAUUUCACAUCUGUAAACGCUAUAUAAUUAUCCAUAAUCAGACAAUUUUUAUUGUAACUAACUACUUUACCAUUAUCAUUUGUGAAUUUUUAGUGAUUUUCUUCCCAUUAAUUUUGUUUGUCCAUCUUUUGUGUUUUGAGUAUGUUUCCAUUUUUGUUUGAUUCAAACUUAUUGUAUAGGAUGUAUUGAAGUGGAUAAAAGAAUCUACAUAUAAACAUAGAUUUUUGCAGAAACAUAGUUCAUUAAUCAAUAAUUACGUAAUUAUUCAGGCAAAGAUCGGUCAGCACCAUUCAGUUUUAGGAUCUAUGUUGAUUGUGAUUGGAUCACUGUUUCCAGUCAAUCAAUAUGAAAAAGUCUCUGGUCUAGACUUCGUAAUGUUGGACGCUUAUCAGCAAGGCGUAUGUGUGCUUUCAAAGAGCUGAUAUUUACUUGGUGAUCCCAAUAUUCAAUUAAUCCCCUACAAAUUGUAUUGAGAGUGCACCGAUAGGUUACUCGUUGCUCACUUAAAAUCAUAAUGAAGUAAUCAAAAAUUCCCCGUUUUUAACAUUUAAAAGUGUAGAAUUAUUAAUCUGGAAAAAAACUCAGUUUAAUAAUGGUAAUAGUCGAAAUGAUAACCAGUUAAAUGUAAUAAUUCAAAAGUAGUUAAUAUUACAAACCGCCCUUCCCUAGGCAAUCAUUGAACCUUGGGAAUAAUGCUGACAACAACGAAACAACUGUACAGUUGCUUUACUUAGGUCAUAGCUGUGGGCUUCUUGACUUGUAAUUAUUCCAAGAUGUUUACGGAGAAAAAUCAUCAAGACUUUUUAAGGUUCUCAAAAGGUUGAGAAACUGUAUUCUUGCAUGAUUAUAUUAUUAUCUAAAUAAAUUCAUAUUUUUAUAAUUAGAUUUGUAUGUUUAUUUAGUGUCAGUAACAGCUAACGGAUUUGUAGUUAUUUAAGCUUUUAGACACUAAAAUGAGAUGUUUAAAAGUUCCCUUGUUUAUCAAAACCAAAGAUGGGAUAAUCUUCCGAGUUAUGCAAGAUCAAAUAAGUGAAAAUGACUUCAUAUCAAUAUUAAACAUAGACAAUUAGAUGAAAAUGACAUGAGAACCCAUAUCAGUGAUAUAUUUCUUCAUAAUAACAUAGAAUGCGGGUUGCAGUGGGAUCCAAAACGCGUAUUUCA